AUGGAGGAUUGCAAACCGAUAAAAACACCAAUGGAAGUUGGACAGAGGAAUGACACGACGACUGCGACUGCUGCAGAGAAGAAUCCGAAUGUACCAUUUCAGUCCCUGAUAGGAAAUUUAAUGUAUUUGGUGCAAGGGCCACGUCCAGAUCUUGCUUUUGUCAGUCACUACCUGAGCCAGUUCAACUUAAACCACACGCUAAGUCACUGGGGGAUGGCGAAAGGAGUGCUACGCUACCUCAAGGGAACCCGCAACAUUGGAACAACGUACACCGCAUGCAAGGAGCCAAUAACAGCUUAUACCGAUGCAAGCUGGAACGAGUGCGGCACUGGCAGAUCGAGGAGUGGUUACGUGUUCACAAUGUCUAUGGGUGCAAUCAGUUGGAGAUCGACGAGACAACAACUAAUAGCUUUGUCAACAUGCGAAGCGGAAUACAUUGCGUUCACGGAAGGCUUAAAAGAAGGAAAGUGGAUUAAAACGUUCAUGGCAGAACUUGGAUUCAAUAGUUAUGGAACUCAGACCUUAGAAGUCCGUUGUGACAACCAGAAUAACUGA